ACCCAGAACCAGCUUAGGACGCUGUUUCUCACCACCAAUGCCCCUAUAAGUCCCCUGACUACUACUAUGAAGAGCGACUUGCUGAUGGUCAAUCCCCUUACCAGCAUCAUCGUUAUAAGUAUCGCUACCAACAUCCCCGAAGCCAAUCUCCUCCCCAGCGUCGUCGUGGCUCUAUUGACCGUAAUGAUCCUGGCCCUGCUGAACGUGGUUCUACUAGUAAUGGUGGUCCCCUUGGCUAUGGUCCUCCGGGAUAUGGUCCUCCUCAACUCAACUUUAACGGCCACCAGCUCCCUGCCUGUAUCGAAGACGAAGAAUUAACUAAAGAGUAUGUGUUGAGUGACGUAUCUCGAUCUGCGUCUCAGCCAGCUGGCCAGGAUGCCGAUGGGCCUGAAGACUUGGUAUUCGGGGAGGUCCAUCCUCUAUUUCAGAUGUACUCCGAACUCUCGAAGGUUGCGAACCCCCCA